GGAGGUGGACGCGUCAGUCUGGCCCAAUGACCACCCCACAGACCAGACGACUACUGAGGCAGAUGACGAGUUCCUGAGCCUGCCGCCAGAGGGUCAGAGGUGCCUACAAGAGUUUUGGAGCAGCCUCCCUCUUGACGGUGUGUAUUGCAAUGCCAGCUGGGACACUUUCUACUGCUGGCCCGCGACACCUGCCGGAGCCAUGGUGCGGCGGCAGUGUGGGACUAUCUUCAAGGACCUGCCUGAUUUAGAUAAGUACCCGCAUGCCUUCGCGUACCGGGAGUGUGGCGUCGAGGGGACCUGGCUACUGAGAGGCUGGACUAAUUAUUCUCAGUGUCUUACAGCGAUUGAGCCCCAGGCGGGCUCCCAGGGCGUGGUGGAGGCGGUACGCUUCAUCACCUUCAUCGGCGCCCUUCUCUCCCUCCUCACCCUCGCCAUCACUGUCUUCAUCUUCACGUACUUCAGGACUCUGGAGUGUGACCGCCUCAAAGUCCACAGGAACCUGGUAGCGGCCCUCAUCAUUAUGUUCCUGGUGAUGCUGGUGCUGACGGAGCCCUUCGUGUCCCGCCGCUCCUCCUACACCUACAGGGACGUGGAUUGGUUGUGUAAGGCGCUGCUGGCAAUAAGGAUGUACGCUCAGAUGGCCUCCAUAAGCUGGAUGUUCGUGGAGGGACUGUUUCUGCACUCCCGCCUCACCUCCAAUGUCUUCGAUUCUGGAGCUCCAUUCCCCAUCUACUACACGAUUGGCUGGGGUUGCCCUCUCGUGUUCCUGGGGGCGUGGGCAGCCGUCAUGACCCUCCACUACCCCGUGCACUGCUGGAAGGGCUACGGAGAGCUGCCCUUCGUCUGGAUACUGGUGGCGCCCAUGGUGACGGCUCUAAUGAUCAACCUUAUGUUCCUGGUCAACAUCAUUCGAAUCUUAGUCACCAAACUGAGAGCAAGUGACGCGGUGGAGACAACACAGAGAGAGAAAGCCAUCAAAGCCACAGUGGUGUUGUUCCCCCUUCUGGGCAUCACCUAUCUCCUCUUCGCCGUGAAUCCUGGUGACAGAGGGCGACUGGAGGGGGCCUACAUGCUCACCAACGCCAUCUUGCAGUCAUCGCAGGGCGUGUUCGUGUCCGUGCUGUACUGCUUCAUGAACACGGAGGUCCAGGAGCUGCUACGCAAGAGGUGGCGGCAGUACAGGAUGCGUCGCUUGGGUUUCCCCGGCACGCACCACCACCGCCGUAAAAGCACCAAGAGCACCAUCGUCCUGGAAAACUCGUGCUCCCUCCGCCUGAGUCCCCAGCGCACUCCCUCCCACCCCAGACUGCAUGUGCACGCCUUUGAGACCUCCGCCGUGUGAGGGUUUUGUUUUUGUCUUCACUUGUUUUCCCGUGCUCUGUCCAACGCGUCGUGAGAAAGUGUCAUGUCGUCCAGUCACUCCGCUCGCUAAUCUCUUCUUCAUUCACCGCCACUUCAUCUUCAUUGUUUUCGUCUUUUCUCCAAUGCGCCGUGAGAAAACUGUCCAUGUCCUCCCUCAUCACGCCCUCCACACUUCCCUUCAUCACCUCCCUUUAUCAUCUUCACCCACGUCCUUCCAGUCACCAGUCCAAGCCCUUAACGGGAGAGCCGCCAGCGGGACUAGAGAGCCAGCCAGCCCGCCACAGCCCGGAGACACCUGUGGUCCUGGCUGGGUCCCGCCGCUCGUCUCCUCCCGACCCGCCACGCCCCUGAGCCACGCCCGCCACAGACCGGAGACUUCUGCGGCUGAUGGAGGCCCUGGAGGCGUUCCUAGUGAAGGCCCCACCUGUCACUUGCCCGUGCAGCACCCACACUCCUGUAUCAUGAUAGUAAACGUUCUUAGGAAA